GAAGACUUGAAAGAAAACACCCUGCUCUUUUUUUCUCUUUAAAGCUGUGUUCUUUUUCUCUUCAAUGCCUGUUUCCAGUCAGCAAUCCACAAGUAUCGGGCGCUCUCAGAGCUGGGACGCUGCUGGGUGGCAUGAGGGGAAUUGGGAAGGGGAAAACAGCUACCAGUACAACCCCAGGGCACCAAGACGGAGAAACGGGGGAAACGGUGGUGGGGGCUGGGACGAGCCGCACCCAGAGUCACAGCGGAGCGAACUGGAGCGCAAGAGGGAACCUUAUUCCUACCACGACUCUCUGUACGACCAGGGCUACCCUGAGAGGCAUGAGCAUCAGCUUGUGAGGAAGAGCUCAGUCCCGGACCUGAACAGCUACUACGAGAGGCAAGCAGACGCUGCCAUGACGGGAAGGUGCUCCGUGCCUCCUCAGGAUUACUACCACCAUGACCCUGCAAUAGCAGCCCAGCCACCUGAAGAUCCUCGAGGCUUUUAUAAGGGGGAGCAGCAAAUGCUUAGCAGAUCACCUGCGCAUUAUGGGAUAACCAGUGGGGGACGACCAACUUGGGAUCAAGGACAAUCCAGGCCUCCCCCCACAUCCCCAACGGCUCACGAGAUGAGCCGAAUGUACAGGGAAUCUGCAGCCUCUAAGAUGAUAUCAGACGGGCAGCACAUACGGAGCAGGGACUCUUCUCUUACCAGGUACGGAGUAGAAACAGCAAUUCCCAGGUACGGGGCCGAACCACCCCCUAUGAGUGGCCGCUCUGUCUACAACGACGUCAAUGGCCGUUACUUGGACUCCCAGCAUGCCACAGCCACCUCCUUGGUGGUUGAUCCAGCCAACCAGGCUAUGGACGGCAACCUGGAGAACCAUCAUCGUGGGCUUGGGAUGAGGCAGGAGGGCGCCAACUGUUAUAGCUCAGCAGCCGGGCAGAAAAUGGGUUACGAUGGUUACGAUGGCAGUGCUCAACACCCGCUACAGUCCACCAGAAUGGGGGAAUUGAAGAAAAACAUGGAUUCUGAUUUUGUUGCUCUGCUACGGGCCGAGGGCCUCUCGGAGAGCACUAUUAGCGGCCUCCUCCAGCAGGGCUUCGACUCGGCCGGCCUCCUGGCCAUGAUGGAGGAGAAUGAUGUGCGUUCAGUGGCGCCCAACCUCGGGCAAGCCCGCGUGCUGUCCCGCGUGGCUCACAACUACAAGAUGGAGCUGCAGCGGCAGCACGAGGCUCCAGUUGGCGCACAUCAGCGUGGGCGGACUCGCUCCAACAGCUUCAGCAGCCGCAACGACAUCUACCACCAGCAGCAGCAGCAGCAGCAAAACAUGGAACCCAGCGCCCUGCAGCAGGCGCCCAUCUCCAUGCAGCCUGCCUCAUCCAGGAUGGGGGAGGUCAUUGGCAGGAGGCCCUCCAGCGCCCCCACUCAGCACUUGCUGGAAACCGCCACCUAUGGCCCUGGGAUGAGUGCGCGCACUCCUUUCCCGGCCAGUCCCGGCAGCUACAACAAACCCGUUUCCCAGAACCACCCCACGUCAGCCUAUUCUGCCAACUCUGGGAUCGCCAUGACCACUACGCAGCAUCCCAGCCUUCUGAGCUCGUCCCCAAAGACGGCGUACUCCACUAACUACACCAUACCCAUGGAGCUCAUGAAGAGAGACCGCAGCCUGCCUGCCAUGUCACCCAUGCUCAGCCCUCACUGCAGCCCUCAGCCCCUCCGCAAGGGACCCCAGCAGGAGGCCACCCUGAAGCCCAGCGGCUCCACCCUCCAGGUGCAAAACGUUAACACUGCCAACCAGAACCUCACCCGGCGCACAGGGCCGCCAGUCAUCAUCUCCACAAUGGCAUCGCCUGACACAAGUAUCCGCCCCCAGAUCAUGAACGGCCCCAUGCACCCCAGGCCCCUGGUGGCGCUGUUGGACGGGAGGGACUGUACGGUGGAGAUGCCCAUUCUCAAAGACCUGGCAACGGUAGCCUUCUGUGAUGCCCAGUCCACACAGGAGAUCCACGAAAAGGUGCUGAAUGAAGCGGUGGGCGCCAUGAUGUACCACACCAUCACCCUGACCCGAGAGGACCUGGAGAAAUUCAAGGGUCUGAGAGUCAUCAUCCGAAUAGGCAGCGGUUACGACAAUAUCGAUAUCAAGGCAGCCGGCGAGCUCGGGAUCGCGGUGUGUAACAUCCCCUCUGCGGCAGUGGAAGAGACGGCCGACUCUACGCUCUGCCACAUCCUGAACCUGUACCGGCGGAACACGUGGCUGUACCAGGCGCUGCGCGAGGGCACGCGUGUGCAGAGCGUGGAGCAGAUCCGCGAGGUGGCGUCGGGGGCCGCGCGUAUCAGGGGGGAGACGCUGGGCCUCAUCGGCUUUGGGCGCACUGGGCAGGCGGUAGCGGUCCGGGCGAAGGUGUUUGGCUUCAACGUGAUUUUCUACGACCCGUACCUGCAGGACGGGCUGGAGCGGUCGUUGGGCGUGCAGCGCGUCUACACCCUGCAGGACCUGCUGUACCAAAGCGACUGCGUCUCACUGCACUGCAACCUCAACGAACACAACCACCACCUGAUCAACGACUUCACCAUCAAACAGAUGAGGCAGGGCGCGUUCCUGGUGAACUCUGCACGGGGCGGCCUUGUUGACGAGAAAGCCCUGGCCCAGGCUCUAAAGGAGGGGAGAAUACGGGGGGCAGCCCUGGACGUCCACGAAUCAGAGCCUUUCAGUUUUGCCCAGGGCCCUCUGAAAGAUGCUCCUAAUUUAAUCUGUACACCACAUACUGCCUGGUACAGUGAGCAGGCAUCGCUGGAGAUGAGGGAGGCAGCUGCCUCAGAGAUUCGACGAGCCAUCACUGGUCGCAUUCCGGACAGCCUUAGAAACUGUGUGAACAAGGAGUUCUUCAUCACCACCUCUCCCUGGUCAGUCAUGGACCAGCAGGUUGUCCAUGCAGACCUCAACGGCGCCUCCUACAGAUACCCCCCUGGCAUGGUCGGGGUGGCGCCAGGAGGAAUCCCAGGCGCGAUAGAGGGCAUGGUGCCGGGCGGGCUGCCAGUGCCUCACAGCCUGCCCACAGUCACACACCCCUCGCAAGCCCCCUCGCCGAACCAGCCCACGAAGCACGGAGAAAACAGACAGCAUCUAACCGAGCAAUAGCACUUGAACGAGAGCGCUCAAACCUACACUCACCUGGGACCAAGAGACACUGAGCACAACCAUCGAGACACAGCACUGGGAGCGGGGGCAUGCUCCACCAACCUGGACUCUUCCUUUCAUUUCCUUUAUUUUGUUGCUUAUUAUUAUUAUUAUUAUUAUUAUUAUUAUUAUUAUUAUUAUUAUUAUUAUUAUUAUUAUUUUAUUUUUUGGGGAUGUUCCAGUGUUACGAACAAGUACAUGAUGGUGAGAAACAAGCUGUGAUGAUGCUAAGCCCCUUUGAAAAGUCUCUACGCAGAAGUACCUCGCCGUCAACUUUUCUGUUAGUUAAUGUGUGAUUUUGUGUUUCCUCUCGGUUUCUUCUCUUUUUGACUCCAAACGUU